AUGUCAUCAUCGGAUCAAGCAAACCAAUUUGAAUUAUUAAAAAACAAAUUUGUAGGAGUAGGACAUGCCGAUACCACAAAAUUUGAAUGGGCUGUAAAUCAGCAGCGAGAUACAUAUUCUUCUUAUGUUUCGCAUUACCCAAUGGCAUCAUAUUUUGCUAUGAUCGAAAACGAAUCGAUUCAUAGAGAGAAGUAUCAAUUCAUUGAGAGGAUGAUUAAACCAUGUGGAAACAAACCACAAACUAAAUAA